AUGUCGGUGGAGAACCGGUGGCAGCUGGGGUCGUUAUCUCGUCACCGACUUAUUUUGCCGGAAGAGUUCUUCUCGCUGAAGAAGCUUGAUACACUCUGUUUAUCAGGUAACCGUUUGACGAGCAUCCCAUCAUCCAUCACUAGACUGUCUUCUCUGAAAUCUCUUCACCUAUCUGGCAAUCAGAUCAAGAACUUUCCUACAGACAUAGGGGCCCUAAGACAUCUCGAUGUACUGGAUCUAUCAAAGAACCUGAUAACGCAGAUACCCGAUGGCUGCCAGACCAUCCAAGCCAUAGAAAUCAAUGUUAACCAAAAUCAGAUCUCAACGAUAUCUGACUGCGUAUCCCAGUGCCCGAGACUGAAGGUGUUGAGAUUAGAGGAGAACUGUCUUCAUAUCAACGCUCUACCAGCCAAGCUGCUCACUGAAUCUCAUGUCUCGUUACUAGCCCUUGAUGGAAAUCUCUUUGAGAUGAAAAAGUUCCAGGAGGUCCACGGAUAUGAAAAGUACAUGGAGCGAUACACAGCAGCUAAGAAGAAAAUGUUUUGAUGUGGAGCUAGUUGAUGCUAUGUGAGGCUAUCUCCAAGGUCCUGCUGCUCAAAAAUGAAGUUGUAGCUGUGCAGAUUUCAUAUAUGGUGCUAACAUGGUUGACUACUGUCAUGCGAGUUUUGUUAAAAAUCAAGCAUUAUAACCAGUAUCAUACUCUUCACGUUCGGGUACUGGUAAGAAACUUAGGCCAAGAAUCAUACAACUGGUUCUAGGACAUUCAAGGACAACUCCCCAGUGCCUGGCAAGUUAUCUUCAAAUUAGAUAUUGUUCGGUUAUCGUGUGGAUAUUGUUUGGUUGACCUAACUGCUGGCUAUCUGCAAUGAAUCGUCUUUACAUCAAUUACAUUUCAUAUGCUGGAAUCACAUUAAAUUCAACAUAUCAUUUCAUAUAAACUGGUAAUUGUAAUGAAUUAAUCAUCCCCAUCUUCUAACAAUUCAACAGAAGCCAUUUUUCGUUUUCUGUCAUCAAUAUUUCAUAAGUCUCCUACUCACGCGCCAUCUGUCAGUCGCCAUUUUGAACCAUGGUAAUGUAUGUGGAUCUGAGCUGCUAUAUGUAGAGUCACAGUAAGCGCCACAAAUGUUUUGGUGACAUUGUGCCGUCUGAUGUCCAGAGUCCUGAUUUCGAUAUUCAGUUGGUAUUUGCAGUAGGGUUAUGAACAGCGCCGCUCUGACACUUUUAUACUGACAAUAGAAUUACAUGUAUUAAGGUCCACACACAAUGUACAUUCCUCAAACAUACAUGUGUCUACUAUAAGUUAAGUGGUUAAGGUGUUCCUUAGGAGACUUCAUCUCCAAGAUCUCUUCCAUGAGGGAUGUUUUCUAAGAGUGUAAGUAAGAUCAUGUGUGAAUGGUAUCUGGGGAAGUUGUCUGUCUAUAGGAUCUGUUCUUCUUGAGGAGUUGUCCUGUCAUGCAUACGACUGAAGGUAGCUUCCUAUAUCCAGAACCCAGAAUAUCCAGAAGCAGGUUUGAUUGUUAGAAACUGCACUUUUGUACUUGUUUCAUGCGAAGACAUGAGACAUGUAGAUUGUUUAUUGACCGAUGUAUCAGUCUUUAAUAACAAACUGUGAUGCAGAGAUUGAUUGUUGGCAUAACUUCUUAGAUCUGUCUUGAGAUGUUUGAACAUCCUGUAUCCUGAAGAUCAAGGAAGUAAAUAGCCGAGUUUAAACCUGGCAAGGUUACGCAUUGAUUGGAAUGGUGAUUUUUAGAAAGAUAGUUGGUUUGACAAAGGUUCUAUUGUAAUGUGAGGCAUGGAUGCAAUAUACACCUACACGUUUCAUGUUAUUCGGAUAUGGUAUGCUAUUAUUCAAUUGUUACGUAUUUAACAUUUUCCUUUUAAUUCAAUUUUGGUAAAUGAUGGUCAAUCAGUGAUGGAAAUGACAAUCUAAUGGAAUGUGAUUUGGGAGAUGCUUCUACUGUUCUUUCAUACCCUUAGUUUUGAAGUUAUCUCAGUAAACAACUUUAAAUGAUAUUUUUCCCUUUUUUAUCCUGUUAUAGGAAUGUUUGCUUCUUGAAUUUGUAUAUUUCAUAAUGAUGAUAUCUUAUCCAAGUAUGCACUUGUAAAUGAGCCUUGCUAUCAAAAUAAUUCAACCUUGAUUACAAUAAUUGGUUGAAUUAAAUUGAUAUUAGACUUUUUUAUUCCUUAAGUUUAUUCUCAUAUGGAUUGGGAUGAAUUGUGUGGGUAUAAUGAAGGAAUUAUGAUUAGUAAUAGUAAAAUUAGUAUUACUCAAUUAGGUUUUUUUUUCUCCAUCUCCUUUGCCUCUGAGAUGAAAAGAUAGCAUGAUCAAUUCAAUUGCUGUGUGACACUUUCUUAUAUAAGUGAAUAUGUGUCAUACAGUUGGUCCACUACACUGGAAGUUACUUCUCUGAUGAUACAAAACCAACCAAAAAUUGUAUGAUAGCUGGACGGUCAAUCAACAAUCAAUUUUGUUGAAAUUUUUUUUUUAUCAAAUGCUGAAUUAUUCCAAUAUUUAUCACUCAAGUAUCAGUUAGAUUUUUCAAUGUGAAAACUGACAUGAUAUUAAUAUGUUUUAGGGUUGUUUUCAGCUUAAAGUGGUAGAUUAUAUUCUUUUUGAGGAAUUUAAAAGUGUGCCUAUUGCUGACUGACACCAUCAAGUAAUUUGCCUACAGUUUUCAACCUACAGUGUAUUCAACAAAUACACCUUCAGUUUCACAUCAGGAUAUUUCAAGGGGGAGGUAACUGUGUGUGGUGCGAUUGACUGUGUGUUAUGAAUACAUAGUCUUAAAAUAUACGUUUUCAGAUAUCUACUAAUACUACAGAGAAUAAAUACCUAUAAUUGUAUUUGUAUAGAGAAACUAAAAUGUUUUGAGAGGAAAAGUAAUUGGUAACAUAAAUAUUGCGGUAUAAAUGUAUUGAGUCUUUAAUUAGCAUGUUAUCAUUCAAGUGGGUCUAUAUUACUAGACUACACUAGCAUUAUGGGUCAGGAAACUGGCCUAGUAUGAGUAGUUGAGGACUCGAGAUGGUGCUAUUGGUUCGUAUCUGCUUUAACACAACCUCUGUCUUUGAUAUAUUGGGAGGAGCAUGUUUUAUAAAAUUGAUUGAUCGACUCAAAACCACUGCACAAUUAAAAUACAAAUACACUCAUAGUUUAAUCCUUAUUCACAUUUUUAUGUUGGAUAUGUUAAACCAUUGCCUUGUUUGUUACUUAUUUUUAUUAUUAACUUAAUAUUGAUCACUUAUAUCAGGGCUCGACAUUAGCAGUGGCCCGGGGCAACUAAAAAUGAGAGUCGGGCCACCAAAACUUUGUAAAAGCCCACACUUGGUAGUCCACAUGGGCUACCAAAGUUUUGAUAAAUUAUUAAGUUUUCUAUCAGUUGUUUUAGGGCCACCAAAAAUUUAAAGUGAUGAUUUUGAUGGGCUGUAAGUGUGGAGCCUUGCUUAUAUGCUGAUUAGAGUAAGUGAUAGAACAGAAAACUAACCUCACAAACUUUUUAAUGCUUUUUAAACCAACAUUCCAAUUUGAAAAAUGGGUGUUGGACAAUCAAACAAGAUUUACUAUUUUAUGGAAUUUCUGGGUCCAUAAUUAUGGCCUUGUCAAAGUCCUAACACAUAAUCCUCAUUGGGUUACCAAUUAAAUGGUAUCGAUUCAUCCAAAAAGUAAUUCCAUUAAAAAAUUCUUCAGAUUAACAUUUUGAUUAGUUUUGUUUGCCAUGACAUACAUGUUUUGUGUGAACAAUUUUUUUUCUCGAAUAGUGAAGGGAAUUCCUUCUAUUUUAUUGGAACAGUCUGUUCUGUGGUCCAAACAUUUGCUUUAUGUAGGGGCCCUUUCAGAUAGCUAAUUACCAAUUUCAAAAUUUUGAAUAAAAGAAGGAUGUUCUCUCUGAUUAGAAAUGUAGACUGUACCCUUUCUGCAAAUGGCCCAUUCUUGCCAAAUGUGCAACACAAACAUAAAAUGGUUUGCAGUUAUGCCUAAAAUCUGUUGACGGGCGUUUGGCAUUCUCUUGAGAACUAAAUCCAGUUAUAGAUGUUGGCAGUGAUAUACAAACAUCCCUUGCAGAGGAUUAACAGUGUUUUUUCAUCAAAUUUAUUGAAAUUCUACAGGAUUAGCCUCUUUGGUCGACAUCAGUCUCGUCUUUCCAACCUCAAGCCAGACCAUAUGAUAUUUUAGUAUCAUUUCUAACCACAUGAAGCAUUGGUUAACUGUGCUGUUUAAGCAUAUGAUGCUAGUAAAAGUGUGUGUAGAUCAGCAGGCUGUAAAACAAACUGUUCUCAAUCUAUGCAUGAAUAGUGACAAUUUCUUGUGCUAAAUGAGAUGGUACUCCAAAUUUCCAUAUUUUAACAUAUAGAGAGUGUAUUCCCUUUAACACUGAUUAAAUUUGGAGAAAUAUUUAUAUAAUAUUGACUGGCCUUGAGGGGGACAUCAAAUAUAUUGCCGGCAACAGAAUCAUAUUGGCCCGAGUCUUUAGACGAGGGCAAUAUGGUUCUUUUAAAGGCAAUAUAUUUGAUAUUCCCCGAACAGAAGAGCCAUUCAGUAUUAUUAUUAUUUCCUGCAGCUGUAUAAUUUGUGAUUCAAGCUAAUAUUUGGAACAAUUUCUAUGACUAUUUGCUUGUCACAACUUCAGAUUUCAGAUUAUUUAUGAACUUGAUGAAGUAAUCCUUGCUAAUUGUUACUGCGCAGUCGGAUUGAAAGUAGAGAGCGAAAUAGGUUUUUUAUUUAGCUGCUAAAAUGCCUUGUAUAGGUAAUAAUGAAUAAUGAUUCAGAAACAAAUAGAAUAUUUCAAGCUACAAAGAUCAAAAUUUAGCUUAGUCACUGAUGGGACUCCUAUUGAUAAGAAAUCGAAUUUGGCACCCAAAAAAGGGUGAACAGUCAUGUGUAUUAAGGAUAGCUUUAUGAAACACCACCUAUAUUUAAAAAGAUACAUAGGGGUAGAGUUUCUAAAAUAGCCCUCAUGAUAAAAAAAGAGACCCUGCAUAUGUUCUACUCCUUAUAAGACUUGUACAUUGAUACAAACAGAAGUAGGAAAUUAGUCCCUGAGUAGAAAACAUCACAUUUUUUUUCUUGUAGAGAUCCUCCCUGUAUGAACAAUUUUUUUGUACUCUCUGAUAUUCUAUCUUUCUCUAACAGAUAUCUGUAUACCUGAUGCUUGUGAUCAGAUAUCAAAUAGAGUUGAUGUUCUGAAGACCAGCAUCUGUAUUCCAAAUGUUUUAAUUUAUCUUGUAUUGUCUUCUUUUUUUUCAUCUGCCUUUUCUUGAUUCUCUUGAUCUUCUUUUCCUUCAACCUUCUUUAGGGGCAGUGACAGUGGUGUUUUUUUGUGUGGAGGGGGGAGGGGCACGGUGAGCUAAAGGUUACUUCAAUUUUUUUUCUACAUAAGAAAAUGAGGUAUUACAUAGCUAUACAACCCAAAAUACUCUAUUCAAUAUUUUUUCCCCUUUUUUUUAUUUUUUAUUCUUGGUCCUUUUUUAUCCCUUUCAAUUUUCAGUCACUUGAAAAUCAUAGCGGUAGUCGCCAAAUGCUCUCCCAUGGAAAUGUCCCUGUCUGUCUUUUUUCCUCUUAUAUUAAUCUCCCCCCCCCCCCCUUUCUCAAACUUUUUUCUUCUUCUUGCUUUCUGUCUCUCUCUCUCACUAUGAGCUGUAUUUGUUUUCCAAUGAUUUUCAUGGUAAACAACUUUCUACCCAUUUUUCCCUCUUCUCUACAUCUCUCUUCUCAUUUUCCUUUAUUACCAUGUUUUUAUACUCUUUUGAUCAUCAUUUUGCAGAUAUUUUCCUCAUCUAACUUAUAAUCAUUAUUAGAUCUAUAUUCAGUGAAAUUCUAUUUUUGUACCUCUUGACCAAGAUAUUCUUGCUAUGUAUUACACUGUACUUUGUUAUGUUUGUGAUGUAUAUAAUUAUUAUGCAGUCUGCUUUAUUUUUAUAAAAGGGGGAAACUUCAUAACACUUAUUUCCAUUUCAUUUUGUUGUUACAUUAACUGAACAUAAACAAGCGAAGAAUGUCAAAUGCAAUUUUAGUUUAUGCCAGGGGUCGAUCUAAAUCUCCGAACUCAUACUCAAAUACCCUCUCACAAUGCCAACACCCCACACAACAAAAUAUGGAAUGUUAUAAUCUGAAUGAUUCAGUUUCUCUGUGCAAUAACUUCGCUUUUGUCUUAAAAUUUAUAAAUUCUCUUGUAUAUUCUUGUAUAAUAUAUAUGAUUCUCUGUUAUAUGUAUUAUGUGUUGAUUAUUGAGAUGUAUGUGUAUAAAAACAAUGGUCAUAUCAUUAAAAUACCAAUUUAGAACUUAUAA